AAAUACAACCCAUUUCAGAACAAUCGACUGGCGGAGCAUUCUCGGAGAGUUAUCGCGAUGCUGCCCCAGCCUUGCCUAUAAAGAAUACCUCGCUUAAUGGCACGGCAGAACAGCAUUUCAGGGAGAUGCUGUGAUGAACACUGUUCAGAUGGAUGAGAUGCACACUAUUAUGUGUUGAUGACACGACGGUCUCCUACAGUCUCGCAUGAUCUGUCAGGCCCUGGGAAAUCACGAGCCAAUUUUCAAGUCAGCACACUCUCUCUCCUUCCCACACCUUUCCACACUGGCAGGCCAAUGUAACUGUGAGAUAUAAACAACUACGCAAAACUUGGUCAGAGUGAGAAAUACCUUAACAUGGCCAUCUGAAGAAAAGACCUAAUCUUCCUUGUGACACGUAUCUCCAGUCUUGCUAGUUGUACCGGAGGAUCAGACCGGGGAAUCUCCAGAUGUCGCUUCCUACCUCUAUGAUUCCCUAAUGCCCACGAAACGCCUCAAAGCCACAGAUCCUCUCCUCCCACAGCUCCCACUCCAAGCUCUGAGGCACUGCAGGCUGCACAGGACACCAUGGUGCGACGUGUGGCUGUGGUGGGCGCAGGCAUCAGCGGGUUGGCAGCCAUCAAGUGCUGCCUGGAAGAGGGGCUGGAGCCCAUCUGCUUCGAGCAGAGUGAGGACAUCGGGGGGCUCUGGUGCUACACGGAAAAGCCAGAGGAAGGCAGAGCUAGCAUCUACCGCACUGUCUUCACCAAUUCCUGCAAGGAGAUGAUGUGCUACCCUGACUUCCCCUUCCCUGAUGACUACCCCAACUAUAUACACAACACAAGGCUCCAUAAGUACAUCCGUGACUACGCACAGCAUUUUGACCUUCUCCAGCACAUCCGCUUUAAGACCACAGUCACCAAGAUAAGGAAGCGCCCUGACUUCAGCGCUACGGGGCAGUGGGAGGUGGUUACACGGAGAGACGGGAAGGAAGAGGCAGCGGUUUUCGAUGCUGUUAUGGUUUGCACUGGACACCAUGUCUACCCAAACCUCCCUCUUGCCCACUUCCCAGGGAUAGAGAAGUUUAAAGGCUCCUACUUACACAGCCGAGAGUACAAGGAGCCAGAAAAGUUCAGAGGGAAGAAGGUGCUGGUGAUUGGCUUGGGCAACUCUGGCUGUGACAUUGCUGUGGAGCUCAGCACUGUGGCCUCGCAGGUUUACCUGAGCUCCCGAAGUGGCUCCUGGGUGAUGAGCCGUGUCUGGAACUUUGGCUACCCCUGGGACAUGCUGCUCAUCACCCGCUUCUGGACGUGGCUGGACAACUUUCUCCCCAAAGCAGUCAGUGACUGGCUCUAUGUCAGGGGCAUGAACCAGCAGUACAAACAUGAGGACUUUGGCCUAAUGCCGGUGGAUGGAGCAUCCCGCAGGGAACCGGUGUUGAAUGAUGACAUCCUGAGCCGCAUCACCUGUGGUGUGGUGCUGAUAAAGCCAAAUGUGAAGGAAUUCAGAGAAAAGUCAGUCUUGUUUCAAGAUGGGACUGUGCAGGACGACCUCGAUGUGGUUAUCUUUGCCACUGGCUACUCUCACUCCUUUCCUUUCAUGGAGGAUGAAUCCAUCAUCGAAAGCAGGAACAAGGAGAUUAACCUCUACAAAUGCAUUGUUCCUCCUCAGCUAGAGAAGCCAACCAUGGCAGUCAUUGGGUUGGUCCAGUCCUUUGGAUCCGCCAUCCCGACAGCAGAUGUGCAGUGCCGCUGGGCGGUCAAGGUGUUUCAGGGGCUCUGCAAGCUCCCCUCGGUCAGUGAGAUGCUGGAGGACAUAGAGGAGAUGAAGAGGAAUAAGAUCAAAUGGUUCGGGAAAAGUGACACGCUGCAGACUGAUUACAUCACCUACAUGAAUGAGUUGACCUCAGACAUCGGUGUGAAGCCCAAUGUACUCAAGCUCCUGCUCACAGACCCACUACUGGCCCUCAAGGUCUUCUUUGGCCCCUGCACCCCCUACCAGUUCCGCCUGACAGGGCCAGGGAAGUGGAGUGGAGCCAGGAAAGCCAUCUUCACUCAGUGGGACCGGACACUGAAGGCCACAAGGACACGUGAAGCCCCCCCUGCUACCACUACACUCCCCAGCCUGCUGGUGCUGGGGAUGCUCUUCCUCCCGCUUCUCCUCCUCCUCACUGUGCUCUACUGGUAGGGGGAUGGGGAGGGCUGCAGGCUUACCAAGUGGCUUCUGUAUGCAGGAUACUUCCUGCUGGCCAUUGUCUGUGCUCCUGCUUUACUCCCUGCCCAGAUAAUUCUUCAAGAGCUCCCCUAUAUAUAAUAUACAGCUAUACAAAUCAGUGUAACCUUGGUGCCUUGUGAAUUUGGGACCUUUCUCAGAUGUGGCUUCAAUUCCAACUUUUCCUACAGUUUUUUUUUUUCUAUAGUGGAGGAAUGGAGAUAACAUGUUUGCCUGUUCAUUAAAUGUUUUGGUGUAAAAUGUA